AUGGGUUGUUCUGUUUGCAAGUUUGUUCCACCAAACCCUGAAGAUUCUAGGAAAUUUAUUUCUAACAAAAAUAACAAUAUAUGGAUUACACCAGUUACGCAUACAAUUUUGGCUGUACCUGAAUCUCCAUCUAGUAAUUUUAAUUUUCACCAUCAAGCUUUUUCACAAAAUAAAAGUGGGAAAAGUGUACUCCUCCGUUCAUUAACAGAAGCAAGUCUGCAAUUACAACCGUAUAGAAGGGAGGAAAAUACUAGUAAUCAAAGACUGGAUAAUAUUCCUGCACCAGAAGUGGAUCAACAUUUACAUAAAUCUUUUUCGACUGAUUUAUCCUCUACGUCACCUGAACCAGCUUUUGCAACUAGUACAGUUAUUGAAAAGCCAAAGAAAACGGAAGUAGGAUGGAGACCGAUUGCGUUUACAGAUGGUGCCGAAUCAAGUAGACCUAUUAGAAACAACAAUCAUAGCUGUAUUCCAACGUUCUGUAAUUUAAAAUCCGGUCCUAUAGUUGAAGCACAAAUGUUUGUAAGCCGAGAUGAAAAAGGAGUUGCACGCUUAGUAAAUAGGCAUGUAAUACACCAACCAAAUUCAUCAAAAGGUUCUGUAGAAGGGGAAAUAUGCAUUGAAAUAACGCAUAAAACACCCAUCAAUGCUAUUUCAACUGGGAAAGGAGCUUCUAUAGCAGAAGGAAUGCCUAUAUACUCAUCAUGUUUACCCAAUCCACAAAUACUUGACCAGUUACCCAAAAAAUAUGAAACACCUAAGAAUGAAUUAAUCAGAGUCCGUAAUGAUAUAAAACCUAAGCGUUCUAAACCAAAGUGUUCAUGGAGAUGUGCCAAGUUGUCACCUCAUUCCCUACGACCUUCGAAAUGUGGUCACUCAAAGCCCUGUACAAAAAAGCAGUGCUGUCUAAUGACUCCAUGUUGUAGAAGUUCAGCUGUCGACGAUAAGCCAUGUUGUAAAAAGAAGGAGAAGAAGAAUAAAACACCUUCUCCAAAAGCUAAAAAGUUCUCAUUGUUUAAAAGAAGUCCUCGAAAUAAAUCACCCUAUUCUUAUGCACAAUUACCAAACAUUGAUAAUUUACGCGAUAAGUGCCACUGUGUAGAUGGCGAAUUGAUAGAGUACUUGAAACAACUGGAAAAUAUGGUUCUAACAAGACAAAAAAAUCCAAAUCAUAUUUCAUUGUCAUCAACAGUCGAAGUGGUCAAAGUUAAACGUCCACCGACAUUAUCAUCAUCAUCACCGCCAGCACUACAGCCAACAACAACACCACCACCAAGACAAGAAAUUACAAAUUAUGAUUCCACUGAUAACAUACAAGAACAACGACACAAUGCUAGUAUUGUGCAAGCGAAUUCGCCUGUGGAGAACAGAGAAACCGAUUCGACGUUAAAUAAUCAGCUGAUUCAUCCUAAUACAAGUUCUAUCGGAGAAAAGUCAAAUUCAUCUGACUAUCUAGACGAGGAAAAUAGUAGUCAAUCGAAUGUGUGUGAUGAACAGCCAAAUGAAAAUUCAGAACUUGAACAGACUAAAACGAGUCAACAUACAAAAUUGAAUUGCCCUCAAAAUGAUCAAAAUCCGGAUAAUAUACCUCGAAAAGGCUGUAUUCCACAAAAUUCUUGUAAUCGUUACCAUCAGCAUCGUCGUCAUCAUAAUGAUUAUUUACAUCCUCAUCACCUUCAUCAUCAUCAUUAUCAUCGCCAUUGUUAUCAAAACCACCACCAACAACAACUUCAUCGUCAUAAUCACACUUUUCACAGUCCAUUCAAACCGACCAAUUUAACUUUACCAAUAAUUGAUCAAAAGCAGAAAUUACUUAAAACAAUGAAAGAAAAACUACAGACUAGCAAGCGGAGUACUUCUUUGAAUUUACCAAGGCUGCAUAAAUCUGAAUAUGCGGAAAAUUCAAAAGUAAGUCGACAGUAUUAA